GAAACGAAGUUAUACUAUACUACUUUCAACAACUAUAACGCAUCUCCGACUAUUCCAUCCGUCAGAAAACAUUUGGUAAACUCGUCAAAUAAUAUGCCGCAAUACAAACUGCAUUAUUUUAAUUUGCACGGGCUGGGUGAGCUGCCCCGGAUGAUUUUCCAUUACGCCGGAGUGCCGUUCGAAGAUGUCCGUUUCGAGCCCAGCGAAUGGCCACAGCUGAAAGCGAAUAUGCCGUUCGGCCAGGUACCCGUUUUGGAGUUUGACGGUAAACUUCUGUCCCAAUCUUACGCAAUCGCGCGAUACAUUGCCCGGCAACACGGAUUGGCCGGCCAGGGUGACUGGGAACAAGCUCAAGUCGACAUGUACGCCGACUGCAUCAAAGAUUUCAUGAUUAACGGUCGACCGGUGCACGACGAACAAGAUCCCGAGAAGCAGAAGGUCCUGAUGACUAAAUUCGCUUCGGAAAAGUUGAUUCCGCACAUGGCCGUCCUGGAAGCUCAGCUGGCCAAGAACGGCGGAGUGCUGGUCGGCAAGGGCGUCACCUGGGCCGACAUAGCCUGCUACGCCUUCUUCAAUCACGCUACUGUCAAGCAUCCAGACAUAUUGAAAGAUAGCCCCAACAUGGCGGCUCUAGUCAGCCAAAUCGGAAGCAACGACAACAUUAAAAAGUAUCUCGAAACCCGUCCGGCUUAUCAUUGAAUGUAAAAUCAUUCAAAAGAAGAUGGUUUUUGGGUCGCCAUGGUGUUGCACACAACAGCACUCUCAUCUAGUUGGAAUAAUUAGAGAUUAAAGAAUUGAAUCACUGUACUUUGAAUGUAAACUACUGCACGCGUUUUGACACACAUCGUGAAAGAAUGAAUACACGAGCAUCGCAAUUAAAAAUACCCCACGUUUCUCUAUGAGGCAAUUCCUGUAAACAAGCGACGAAUUAAUAAGCUAAAAGGAUUUUUAUUUUUUAUUUUACCAUGUCUGUGCAUUUCACAAUGAAUAAUUUCGCAAAGCUCAUUCGUCGAAUUGUUCUCUUCCCCAUGCUG